UUGUCAGAAGAAUUAACACAUCUUUUUGCAGCAAACUAAAUUAGUGGUGGAUACAGCGGCUCCACCACUUCCCCCCACCAAAACUUUCUCUCUCCUCUCUCAAAUUCAAUCUUUACGUUUCAUUUUCCCCGCCAUUCUCUCUCCUCUUCCUCAGUUAUCAGUUGCAGUUCAUCAAUGGCGGAAGAUCACAUCCCUAACCCUAGCUCAACCUGCGUCGUCAUCGGCGGCCAAUCCUUCGUCGGCCGAUUCCUCGUUUUACGCCUCUUGAAGCUCGGUAAUUGGAUUGUCAGAAUCGCCGAUUCUUCUCCGAAUCUCAAUGUUGAGCAGAAUUCUCUUGUUUCUGACGCUGUUUCUGAUGGUCGUGUUUCGUAUUUUCAAGUUGAUGUUCGUGAUAAAUCUCAGCUUGUUCGAGCUAUUGAUGGUUCGUCCGUUGUUUUUGUUGCUGAAACCUUGGAUGCAUCCCAAUGUAAUCUAUACGAAAGCUACAUGUUCAUUGUUCAAGGUGCCAAGAAUGUCAUAUAUGCUUGCCAAGAGUGUAAAGUCAAACGACUAAUAUACAACAGUUCUGCUGAUGUCGCUUUUGACGGUUCUCAUCAUAUUAGAAAUGGGGAUGAAUCCGUGCUCUACCCGUGGAAAUAUACAGACAUGUUAACGGAAAUGAAGGCUCAAGCAGAAGCACUUGUUUUGUAUGCUAACAACCAUGAUGAUCUAUUGACCUGUGUUCUCCGUCCCAGCAAUAUCUUUGGACCAUCAGAUACACAUCUGGUGCAUGCUAUGGUGAAUCAAGCAAAUUCUGUCUGGGCAAAGUUUGUUUUAGGCAGUGGUGACAGUCUCUCUGACUUCACCUAUGUUGAGAAUGUGGCCCAUGCUCAUAUAUGUGCUGCAGAAGCUCUUAUUUCUCAAAAAAAUUCUGUGGCUGGAAAGGCAUUUUUUAUCACAAAUCUCGAGCCAAGGAACUAUUGGGAGUUUGUAUCUCGGAUAUAUGAAGGUUUGGGAUAUAAAAGGCCAAGCAUUCGAGUUCCUCCUAAGAUCGUCAAUUUUUUGCUUCCGCUUUUGAGGUGGACAAGUUACAAACUGGAAUCCGAAUCUGAUGUCAAAGGCCUCUUAGUGUCAGUUCAGUUUGCUAUUGAAUCGUCACUGUUUACCAGAACUUUUAAUUGCUCUGCAGCUAAAGAGCACAUCAAUUACACACCUGUUGUUCCUUUGGAUGAAGGUAUUGCUUUGACUGUCAAGUCUUUUUCUCAUUUGGCUAAAAGCUCGUUACCCUCUAAACAACGCCAGUUUAAGGAUUAUUCAAAAGCAGAAGAAAUUCUGGGAUAUGGGAAAGUUGCUGACAUAUUGCUUUGGAGGGACGAGAUGGAAACAUUUACAUGCUUUCUUAUUACGUGUGGAUUGUUCUACUGGUUUUUACUUAGUGGACGAACAUUCAUCUCAUCUACUGCUGGGCUCCUUUUGCUGGCCACGUUUUUUCUCAUUGUAAAUAGCAUUCUUCCAGUUAACAUCUUCAAGAAGAUAUCUAUCCCUUGUUUAGCAAUCUCAGAGCCAACAAUGAGAAACAUGCUUGACAAUGUAGCACUUAUUUGGAAUGAAGGGGUACAAUUUGCUAAAACGUUGGCGCACGGAGAGGAUUGGAGCUUAUUCAUAAAGGCAGCAGUUCUACUGUGUUUUCUCAAGUGGAUCUCACAUUCAUUAACCUUUUUAUUAGGAUCAGUGCUCGUGUUUGCGUUCACGUCAUUCUUUAUCUAUGAGCAAUAUGAAGACGAACUUGAUCAAUUUUUUAGGGUGGUUGUCAUUGUUGCAAAGAGUUUAUUGACAUUGUUGCUAAGAAGUCUUCCUCCGUCCAUUAUCUCAAUCCUUUCUGCUGAUGAUGAGUUGAAUGAAGAACAAAAGCAACCUGUUGUGAAGUGAAGAUUGUAGAUUUCUUUAACUCCAUGUAUACACUCACCAUGUGAUCUAAUAAUCUUAGAUCAUCAGAAGAGGCAAGCCAUGAAAAUCGUGAUUCUGAGUCGUAUGAGGCACAUAAAUUUGUUUG